AUGAGUGAUAAAAAGAAGAAAGAAAAUCAAAUAUUUAGUAAUUUAGAAUUUAAAAAGAAAACUUUUAAUAUAAAUGAUGCAAAACCAUUAUUUUCAAAAGAUGGAUCAUCUUUGUAUAUUUUCUCAGAAAAUGUUUGUCAUUUGUACAGUACAACUACAGGAAAUUAUAUAAAAAAAUUGUUUUCUUGCUCAUCGAAAAUCAUUUCUUAUCAUCUUCAUCCGUUAGAUGAAAAUUUUUUAGUUACAAUUACUGAAAAUGGAGAAGUUACAGUUUAUAAUUUGAAAGAAAAUAAAAUAGAGCAUUCGACAAAUUUAUGCAUCAAUAAGACACUUUUAUGUUCUUUGAAAAUACAGAAAUUUAGUUCUGAACAUGAUGAAAAUUGUGACUUUGAUUGGAAUUCGAUUGAUUUGGAAAAUAUAGGAAAUAGAAAAUUUAUACAUGCUGUUGUUAAACCUUUUCAAGGUGAUUCAGGAAAUCUAUUAAUAUGGGCAAGUUGGUGUUUAAAUGAUGAAACAGAAGCACACAUUUCUGUCUUUUCAUAUCAGAGUGGUACACACUACAAGGACUUUGCUUUCAAACAAUGCAAACUAAAAAAGUGUUCAAAAAAUUUUGUGUUAUCUAACUCUCAAGAGCAUGAUGUUUUCAUUGGAAUAUCUGAACAUUGCUUAAAUGUUGCUCAUUUUCAAAAUAAGGAUUCCUUUUAUUAUUCUAUCAGAAAACACUAUACAGGAUUGAAUAACACUGUAAUUUGUGUUGCAUUUCAUCCCACAGAGUACUGCUUUGCAACUGGAGAUUCAAUCGGAAGAAUUAUCAUUUGGAAAAAUAUUUUCGAACAAUAUCCAUUAAAAGAAAUGUUUCACUGGCACACAUUGGCUGUGAAUGAUUUAAUAUUUUCUAAACUUGGUUCUAAAAAUCUAAAUAUUCUUUCAUUUGAUCCCAGGAGUAACAGCAUUGUUCUGAAUGGGAAAACAGGACACAUUCAAUUUUUAUCAUUGAAGGAUUUCAAUAAAUUAAAUUAUACAUUUGAUGUGACAAAUAGAAAUUACGUCACGCCUCAUACAACUUGUUCGGUAGCAAAUACCGAAGUGAAUCAUGCGAUAUUCAGUCCGAAAGGCGACUGGAUGAUAACAGCCGAAAGUAGAAUUGAAAAAGAUUGUUACGAAUCGUUUUUAAAAUUCUGGAAUUACGUUCCAGAAAAUGGAUCGUACAAAUUAAAUACAAACGUCGAAUUCCCUCACGGAGGCGUAGAAAUUUAUUCUUUAGAAAUUAGUUCUAGUUCCAUAGUGGGAUCAACCGGUCCCGAUAAAAGGUUUUGCCUCUGGGCUAUAGAAGAACAAAUAAACGGAAACGUUAUAAAAGAAAUUUGGUCUUUGUACAACGAUAGAAAAUAUCGAAAUUUUUCCAGUUACGCGUUGGAUUUUUCAAAAGACUCAUCAUUGGUUGCGGUUACUUUUGGUUCCGUCGUCACGAUUUGGGAAACGGAUUCGUGCCUGCUUAAAUGUUCAUUAUCCUGUCCGAACAACAAAAACGACUUGAAAGCAUGCAAGUUUGGAAACAACGAAUUCACACAUUUAAUUAUCGCAGGUUCGGAAUUUAACGUUUGCUGCUGGAACUCGUUAACGUUAUCCAUGGUAUGGACGGUACCGUUCAAUUUGAGUAUAUUAGCAAGCGAUCCCAUCGGCAACAACAUGGUAUUAUUUUCGAAAAAAGUCGUUGUGAUAUUUUCACCCUCUUCUCCGACUUCGCUUUAUUUAAAAAAUUACAAUUUGGAAUCUCCCGUGAUUGCCGCGAAAAUACUUCCGGAUAAUAAGGGAAAAUUUUCGGUUUUGAUACUAACAGAAAAUUACGAGUUGCACUGUUUGGAACACGUGGACACGGAUCCGGUUUUACUCAAGAACAGCAACAACAGCAAUCAGGAUCCAUCAGUUAUUUCAUCGACUCCGUAUUCAUCUCAAAUCCCUCAAAUACAAAACGAAAAUAUGGAAAAUUCAUCGUCUUCGAAAAAAUUGAUAUCAGUUUUAAAAAAUAAACGUGAAACGGUAUCUCAAUUGCUGGAUUCUCCAGCGCACACGUUAUCGAAUCCAUCUCUUUUGUGUUCGCACGGGAUGGUAAAACAAAUGAUUGUGAAAUUAUAG